AUGUUUGUGAUUGUGCCCAAGCACAGUGGUCCCGUCGCUCACCUCGAGCCAGGCGAGAGCGCUCGUGGGCUGACACGCACGCCGAACGCGUGUCAAGGCUGCAAAGUGCGCAAGGCCAAGUGCGAUGGCGCAAAGCCGUGUUCGCGCUGUCGCGCACGCAACAUCCUCUGCCUCUACGACAAGAUGGACGCAGCCAAACUGGCGCUAUCCAUGACCCCAGAGCGGGGCAUGAUGCUACAAGAACAGAACGACCGCCUCGCGCGCGCGCUGCGCCGAAUGGCUACACGUCUCGAUGUGCUUGAGUCCCGGCACGGCUAUCUCAGCGGCGUGAACGGCCAGAGCACCGAUGGUCUGGGCGAGUCCUCAGAUAACGCUCAACAUGCCGAUAUCACCGGGAUACUUGACCGCUAUGCUCCCGAGUCUGCGGACCUCGGCGCGAUGCAGGAGUCCCCCGAGAGCAGUCACCCCAGCGCCAGCAAAUCUGUAACAUACCAGUCGAAAAAGCGGCGCGUCGAUGAUGAUGGUGGCGAUGGUAGCAGCGAACAAGACAGCCCGUCUCAUAUGAUCGUGCCUAUUUCACACGUACAAACCCAGCAAAUGAUCGACGCCGAGCUUCCAACUAGCAACAUGCAGCCUACACCAGGACUACUUGCCACGGAUCACAUGGCAGCCGCUACAACCGCAAACCCAGCUACGCUUGAUCCCCAUCUGCAAGCCUAUCAGACGCUAUUACAGAUGUCGCAAGCACACAAAACGCGAGCAACGCACCUCAGAGACCAAGGAGGCAUGGCUCCCGGGUUUCCCGACGUCGCCAAUACCUAUGGUGCUGUGCCGGCCUCAUUGGGAUUCAAUGGACAAGGUGAAUCGCUGCAUCUGCCCCCAGGUCCCUCGAGAAAUGGGUCCACAGCUCUGAACGGGGACUUCUCAGACACUCUGUUGGACUUGGUCGACUGGGAUAUGAGUCUAGAAAGUUGCGAUCCCAUUACUUGGGAUUGGACCCAAAAUGGGCAGUGA